UUGUCCCUUUGAACAUAAAGAUAUGGAUAAUAUCUCUGUAAAUGGUUAGGAAUGUUUCACACUCAAAACGCAAAGUAUCAGUCUAUGUUUUGGAUAUAUAUUCACUGUAUGAGCCAAUUUAGCCGUAUACAGUCUCUACUUAAAUAUUUUAGGAACUCAUAAUGAUUAAUAGCUCUGAAGAACCGUGUUUAUAAAAUUUGAAAGCACAGCUGACGCAAUUAUUUCGCUUUCUGACAAGUCAAAAUCAUUUUGAUAUAAAUUUUCCAGUGUUUGAAAUUUUCUUUGACUGCAAAAUGGUUUGUUACAUCAUUUUCCUGAUUCCAGUUCUAAUAGGAACGAUUAUUGGCCAAGAGUACCAUUGUUCUAAAUUUCACUAUGAGGAAAAAUUGCUGGAGAAGAUGAUCAGAAUGGAAAUGCAUAUGGAGAAGAUGCAAAGAAAACUUAACAUGCUUGAACAGAAAGUGGAAGAUUCCGAUGCACUUCAAAAUCAACCAUCAAAAGGUACUGUGGCUUUCUUUGCAACUGCUAAUUCAAGAAAAACUUACGGAGCUGAUGAGACUCUUGUAUUUGAACAAGUAGUAACGAACCUUGGAGAGGCAUAUAAUUCAGCAAAUGGCAUAUUCACAACUCCAAGUACAGGCACGUUUGUGUUCUUUUCCACAGUUUUAGGAAGCAACGACGUUGAGCUUUGGAAUUACAUAUCCGUGAACAACAAAGCCGUAGCGAAAUUCAAUUCCCAUGGCACAGGUGGCCGGCAUGACAGUGGGACUGUUACCACAGUUUUGCAUCUCAGUAAAGGUGACGAAGUUUCAGUAAAGAAUUUAUACCAGUCUGGUAACACUUACGGUAGCAAUUACACUCACUUCGGGGGAUUUCGUCUAGUCAAAUGACACAAAUGUGAUUAGGAUGUACAUGUUACCCAAAGCUUGUAAAUGCAGUUUGCCUAAUAAAAAGAUACAAAGAACAAUAUGACAUUUUUUUUUUGUAACAAACACUGUGUUUGGUAUGUCGAUGCUUCUAAGUGAUUUAUAACAAUUUAUAUAUAUAAUAUUAUACCUCUGGUUAUGCACCAGAUAGAUAAGAACCGCUUGAACUAUACGUAUUAAGUGAAUGUUUGAAAGUUUUUAAAUUUGCUCUGAAAGUGAAAUUUUAUUUGGAAUAAUAUGAAUUUUAUAUUAAAAAAAACGUUGAGUUUUGUAAUAUCGUUAAAGAUAUCUAUUUAGCCUGUUCAAGUUAUAAAUUUUGAACUUCAAAAAAUAUAUUUUUAUAGAAAUAUUUUGAGGCAAUUUAAGCCAUUUUCUGCUUUCCACUUCAACAAAAUCUCUGGACGCCAUUCUAAUAUAUUUUCACCGAUGCAGUGUUAUUAAGUCAAAACUUUCAAAUAAAGGAUUUACAACAGCAUCGCAAACAGCAAAAAAGUGAGCCGUGUAUGUAAAAAAGAGGAAAUAUUCACUUAUUAAAGAAUAAUUCAUCGACAAAGUAUAGGAUGAAAUGCGCAUGCAGUACUCGCAUUUUACCGCAGAAAUAGAGUGUAUAUCCUUUUGGUUUAAUGUUGUUCAGCGGAGUUGAAACAAAAUUGAGAAAU